AUGAACGCGCAAAGGAUUCUUUCGAGGAGGACGCUCUCGUCCGCCCUCUGCAACAGCAACCGCACCGUCGCUCACGCCCAGCGCCACCAAUUCAGCACGACGCCCUCACCCGCUGUCACCGCUUUCCAGUCCUACACUCUUCCCUCGCACCCGCCAUCGCCGCCGCGCUCCGGAAAUGACUCCAUGGCUUUCCCCGUCCAGCCGCCCAUGCCGCGCGUACACGAGACAAGACCUCACAAGAUUGCGUCGCCACCGAAGCAGCAGCAGCAGCAGCAGCAACAACUAAACAACUUUGCGCAAACGUCACCAUCUACAUCAUCAAGCCCCUCUCAGCCCACCCCCGUUGCUCCCAAGCAAGAACAAUCCAAGACUGCCGCCGCCGCCGCCGCAGCACAACCCUCCUCCGCCCCCACGCAACCAGCGCCCUCCAAGCCCGCCCCCCGCGCCUCCCGCCUGCGCGCCCCUCGCAAGGCCGCCAUCAACCUCACGUCCGCGGCCGUCGAGCACCUGCGCGCAAUGCUAGACCAGCCGGAGCCGAAGCUAAUUAAAGUCGGCGUGCGCAACCGAGGGUGCAGCGGGCUGGCGUACCACCUGGAGUACGUGGACAAGGCCGGGGCAUUUGACGAGACGGUGGAGCAAGACGGCGUCAAGGUCUUGAUUGACAGCAAGGCACUCUUCAGCAUUAUUGGCAGUGAAAUGGACUGGGUGGAGGAUAAGUUGAGUCAGCGGUUUGUUUUCAGGAAUCCCAAUAUUAAGGAGCAAUGCGGUUGUGGAGAGUCGUUCAUGGUAUAA